ACCAUCUCAAUCUGUAACGCAUCUCAAAAUUCUUCAUCAUGCCUAGGGUUCCUUUGAGCAGCUUUAAUCUCAUUCUUGAUCUCAGGAGAGGAUACACAGUAGCAGCAGAGAAUGUAAAAGGACGGCCUGUUACUUCCAAUAUUAGGAAGGUGGCCGAGUCGUCGUCGUCGUCUUCUUCUUCUUCUUCAAACAAUAUUGAGAAAAGUGUAGGAAAGGAUAUAUUUUGGAUGAGAGAUCCCAAGACUGGAAACUGGAUCCCAGAAACACAUUUCAGUGACAUUGAUGCCGCAGAGCAACGAGAGAAGUUUCUAUCCUCCAAUAGAAAAUUCACAAUGCCAAAGGCAUAGCGCAGCCUCCAUAUUUAUAUACUCCUAUUCUAAAGUUUCUCCUACUGUAUGUUGUAUUUAUAGCCUUAGCUUUCCUCCGACUUUGGUAUUUAUUUU